AUGGACACCGGGGUAGGGCUGAGAGGCGAACAUCAGCCCCUGCAGUUCAAGCUCUACGACCAGUGGGAUGAUGAGGAUGACCUGUGGAUCAAGCACAGGCUCGAGGCUCUUGUAAACCAACAGAUCACGCCCGAGCAACUAGCCCUCGACAUGGAUCACCGUAUCACCGCCCUCACGCGCCGGAAUCGCGAUGACGGGGUUGAGCCCCAGCGCGCCGAACAGUUCAUCGGACCCUUCUUCCAAGCCUUGACGAAGAUGUGCUCGGCCUUCCCACCCUAUCAUGCGGGGCAAAAUCAGCUCAUCGCCUUGGCCAAGGCACUGAACGCGCUCCCCCGUCAUGUCAUCCCAGAAGGCCUGUCGCCAGCCCAACUCGAAGAGAAGCCGUGGAUCACGACAACUCUGUGGGGCUUCGAUGAUCCUUAUCAAGAGGGGAACUGGAAAGCGUGCGCCGAGGCCUUCGAUUUCGAACAUGUUUACAUCUGGGCGCCCUACCGCAGCCGCAACUACGACUCUGCUAUGGCGCGCCUGACCUGCGCAGGGCUGAUAAAGUGCGCCUUUCUGAGCUCCCUCCGCUUCAUCCUCCCCACGGACGAUGAGUACCCCGACCUGACCAAAAGACCUAUCGACGGACUGAACAAAAUCGGCAAUUACCUAGUCGGGGCGGCGCAGUGGAUCCUGGGACCCGAGGAGUGUCGAUCUGCGUACACGGAAUGCCAGAAGGUGGAGCAGGUGGACGUGAGACAGCGCAAGCUCUGGAGCCGGGAGCACUCGGCGGAAUGGAAGCGCCAGUUUGCCUUUGUCGCGGGCGAUGAGCGGUUUGCGCAGAAGUAUCGCAGCGUCGCGGCGCAGGCUCACCAUCAGAUGCUCACGUGCGAGCAGGAAGAAGAGCUCAGGCAGGAUGUGUGA